AAAUUUGGACUUAGGCGAUGGCUGUAACUUAAUUUCAGUUUUAGCUUCGAAAAAAUAAACUAAUUUCAGUUUUAAAAAUGCGCAGGUAAUUUUAUUUAUAUCCCUAACGUUGGUCUUAUGUGGAUCCGUCUCUAACCUGCGAACUUGGACAGUAACCCCCCAUGGCGGCGACUAUUUUGCAGAAGAGGCUGCUCUCUCUCUUCGUCCGUAAUCAGAAUCAGCCCCACUCCGCUUCCCUCAAAGAACCUUUUUGGCAACUUCUUCCUUCAGCAACUGCAUCCUUUAGCAGCUCCCAAGUUUGUAAAGGAGAGAUUCAGACUCGAACAAAUCCAACCAGCCAUGUUAAUAAGGAUUCAGAAAAUCAUGAAGCUGGCAGUUUGAAGCCGGAUGGCGAUUCAGCUAAUGUUCCCUCCAAUAUACAUGGUAAUGACAGUUCGACUGUUAAGUAUUCUGCCACUUCAAACUUGAAAACAUCGUCAAGGCAUGAUCUUGCAAUGAUCUUUACUUGCAAGGUCUGUGAAACAAGAUCCAUCAAGACAGUUUGUCGUGAAUCAUAUGAGAAGGGAGUAGUGGUGGCUCGGUGUGGCGGGUGUAAUAAUCUACACCUGAUUGCAGAUCGUCUUGGAUGGUUCGGAGAACCAGGAAGCAUUGAAGAUUACCUGGCUGCUCGCGGUGAGGAAGUGAAGAAAGGUUCUGUUGAUACCCUGAAUUUGACACUCGAAGAUUUAGCUGGAAGGGAACUUUGAAAGAAUUAUACAGCAGUACAUCAGAAAAGGUUUCUGUGUUAUGUCUUACUUCAUCUCUGAACCUUAGUCUGAUUUUGCUUUGUCAAGGGCUUGCUCAUUAAUUUUAUUUUAUUUUUUUUUUAAAUUAAGUUACCUAUUCAUAAGUCCAAAAACCAGCACAAAAUGCUUCCGUGGUACGGAUAGCAUUUUCUCGACCUGGGUAUAUAUUAAAAAUGUUGAGCUGUGGGUAUCGGUUUUCUUUUCCUGGUAAA